ACGAAUCUGUGGUGAAAUCUAUUUUGAGACUGUUUGGUAUUCUGACGAGUUUGUCUCAUCUCUAAUUGAGCCAUAUCAGUCUCUAACUUGUUAUGUGCUUUGUAGCAGGUCAUAGAAAAAUAAGAACACAACAAUGGCUGAUGAAGUUGGACUAUUCUACCUUAUGAUGAAAAAACGAGAGGAGGAAGAGAGCUACAUUCGCAGGCGCAAUCUGACUGUUUUGCGAAACAAACAAUAUCCGUUUUUAUACGAAGAGAACACAUUCAGGAAGUUCUUCCGAUUUCCCAAAUCUUUGUACUGGGAUCUCAUUAAUCAACUUAAGCCGUAUGACCAACAGCAAACAUCGAUUCCAUUUGAACUUCGGUUUUAUAUUUUUUAUGAAAUGGCUCAUAUCAGUGUUGCGUGCAUAAAUGCAUAUUUCGCAGUGAUGAGCCAACCCACCAUUUCCCGUUGUAUCGAAUAUAUUUGUAAAUUGGUGGUGGAGCGUAAACACGGCGAAGUGCGUUUUCCUAAUUCUGUUGAAGAAUACAAUAGAAUUAAGACUGGAUUUUAUUCGAAAUUUGGAAUAAUUGCACCUGCCUUGUCAAACACAAUUGUACCGCAUGAUUAUAUGAACAGAAAAGGUUUGUGACGAUGAACUAAUUUUCCGGGACGUGAAUGCAAAAUUUCCCGGCUCAUGUUAUGACUCCGGUAUAUGGACUACUUCGCCAGCAAGGAUAAAGCUAAUAAGAGAACACUCUGAUGGAGCUUUUAAAUGGCUUUUGGGAGAUUCGGGAUAUCCAUUGGAGCCAUGGCUUCUUACACUGGUGGCGAACCCUGAAACACCAAAUGAACAAAACUUCAAUACUAGGCACAUAAGAUCAAGAAACACGAUUGAAAGAUCAUUUGGAGUUUUAAAAUCACGCUUUCGUUGCAUUUUACAAGAACGUACAUUGCUGUAUAAACAUUCCAAAGCUGCAUUAUUUGUUUAUACUUGUACAAUAUUUCACAAUAUUUUACAAAACCAUGGCAUUUUUCUAAAUGAAACCGAAAUAUUGCCAGAUCGAUCAGCUUCUGCAAAUGUGGGAGCAAUCUCUGAAAUCCAUUCGGGGGAGUAUUCAACUCGAGGCAGAGCAGCACGUCAAUGGUGCAUUAACACAUUAGAUAAUUAAAAUUCAACAUAUAUAUUUCAAUUCAAACUUCAUUUAUUUCAUUUAUAAAAUAAAUAA